CGCGCGACACCCCCCCGCGCGCACCACACUCCAGCGUUCCACGCCCCCCGUCCCUUCUUCAGCGCCUAACGCUCUCCCUCUGCGCAGCCGCAGAUUGCAAUGCCCGUCCUCUCCCCACCCCCAAGGGAGUGGGCGUGGCCUGCCACAGCGCCUCAGAGCGCAUGCCUUCGGGAGGGGAGGGGGCGGUCUCCGGCUGCCGUGGGCCCGGCGGGGAGCCUGUGACGGCGGCCUGGAGAGGGGGGCGUAAGUUCCGGUGCAAGUUUCUCGUUCCGGUUCCUCGCCCGUGGAGUCUGCAGUUGCUACGUGUCCUUAGCGCGAGCGGUUCGUUCGGUCCCGGAGCCUGAGGCAAUCAUGGAUCAAGUAAUGCAAUUUGUUGAGCCCAGCCGCCAAUUUGUAAAAGAUUCCAUCAGGCUUGUUAAAAGAUGCACUAAGCCAGACAGAAAAGAAUUCCAGAAGAUUGCCAUGGCAACAGCAAUAGGUUUUGCGAUAAUGGGAUUUAUUGGUUUCUUUGUGAAAUUGAUCCAUAUCCCUAUCAACAACAUCAUUGUUGGUGGCUGAACACUCAUCAAGAUCUGUUACCUGAAGUUUGAAGUGAUGGACAAUGGGGGUGGGGGGCUUUUUUGUUUACUAAUAUUCCAUAAGUCUGUAUCUUGUUUGUUUACUGCUAUAAAACAAGCUUGAUAUCUGA